AUGGGUGGAGUAUUGGGCAGUAAUGCGGGCAGUAAUGCGAGCAGUAAUGCGGGCAGUAAUGCGGGCAGAAAUGCGGGCAGUAAUGUGGGCAGUAAUGUGAGCAGUAAUGUGGGCAGUAAUGUGAGCAGUAAUGUGGGCAGUAAUGUGAGCAGUAAUGUGAGCAGUAAUGUGGGCAGUAAUGUGAGCAGUAAUGUGAGCAGUAAUGUGGGCAGUAAUGUGAGCAGUAAUGUGGGCAGUAAUGUGGGCAGAAAUGCGGGCAGUAAUGUGAGCAGUAAUGUGAGCAGUAAUGUGGGCAGUAAUGUGAGCAGUAAUGUGAGCAGUAAUGUGGGCAGUAAUGUGAGCAGUAAUGUGGGCAGUAAUGUGGGCAGUAAUGUGGGCAGUAAUGUGAGCAGUAAUGUGAGCAGUAAUGUGGGCAGUAAUGUGAGCAGUAAUGUGAGCAGUAAUGUGGGCAGUAAUGUGAGCAGUAAUGUGGGCAGUAAUGUGGGCAGAAAUGCGGGCAGUAAUGGGGGCAGAAAUGCGGGCAGUAAUGCGGGCAGUAAUGCGAGCAGUAAUGUGAGCAGUAAUGCGGCCAGUAAUGUGAGCAGUAAUGCGGGCAGUAAUGUGGGCAGAAAUGCGGGCAGUAAUGUGGGCAGUAAUGUGAGCAGUAAUGUGAGCAGUCAUGUGGGCAGUAAUGUGGGCAGAAAUGCGGGCAGUAAUGCGGGCAGUAAUGCGGGCAGAAAUGCGGGCAGUAAUGCGGGCAGUAAUGUGAGCAGUAAUGUGAGCAGUAAUGCGGCCAGUAAUGUGAGCAGUAAUGUGGGCAGAAAUGCGGGCAGUAAUGUGGGCAGUAAUGUGAGCAGUAAUGUGAGCAGUCAUGUGGGCAGUAAUGUGAGCAGUAAUGCGGGCAGUAAUGUGAGCAGUAAUGUGGGCAGAAAUGCGGGCAGUAAUGUGGGCAGUAAUGUGAGCAGUAAUGCGUCCUGGUGUUUGAAGGUCAUAGUGGCUGCUGCUCCUGUGCUAAGGUGA